AUGACUCUCAUAGAGGAGCGACCUGAAUGUCAACGCAACAUCAGACAGGCUCACAGCAAUUAUGUUAAAGACAUCAUUAGCCCGGAAGCAAAGCAGAACCCCAAAAAGUUUUGGUCCUUCGUAAAAAGUGGGAAACAGGAAGCCUCAGGUGUGGCUCCACUUAGGAACACUGAUGGAUUGAUCCACAGCGACCCGAAUAUAAAAGCUAAUAUCCUCAACAAACAAUUUAAAUCUGUCUUCACAAAAGAGGAUACUAACACAAUGCCAGAUAAGGGACCUAGUCCCUAUCCACAAAUGGCACCGAUUAUCACCGGAACCACAGGUGUUGCCAAGUUUCUUAAGAACUUAAACCCACACAAGGCAACAGGACCUGACUCGAUAUCGUCUCGCUUCCUGAAAGAGUUAUCAUCGGAACUAGCGCCUGCUCUUGCACACAUUUUCAAUUUUCAAUUAAUGUGGGGCAAGUCCCAGAUGACUGGCGAAUGGCACAUGUGGUGCCCCUCUUUAAGAAAGGAGACAAGACACAUUAACCAGACCACAGCCAAAGCCUCCAGAUCUGUUGGAUUCCUGCGUAGGAACCUCAGGAGCUGUCCUCAGGAAGUAAAGAGUCAAGCCUACACAACUUUAAUGAGACCUGUCUUCGAGUACGCCAGUGCUGUCUGGGAUCCCUACCAGCAUCAACAAAUCCAACAAAUGGAAAAUGUACAACGCCAGGCUGCCAGAUUUGCAAUGGGUGACUUUUUCUCGGGGAACCUGGUUGCUUAA